AUGUUUUUGGAAGAGGAGCUUCGGCAAGCCCCAGCCUCGGAAUCCGCCGAGGCUAGUACAUCACGGGGCACUCAGUUCCCGGAGGCUGGAGCUGCGGAGGAAGGGGAAGAGGGAGAAGGCGCCUCGCUGGAAGAAGGGGCCCCAGCUUCGCCAGGCGAUUCCAGUAUCGCCACAAUUGACAUCCUGCUCGCAGCAUCUCGGCGAGCUGGGGCCGCGGAGGAAAGGGAGGAGGAAGAGGAGGGAGCACCGGAAGAAGAGGCCUCGAUCUCGAGUGGCGAGACCAGUAUCGCCACCAUCGACUAUUUCCGGUGGAUCCCGGAACAUAGAGAAGAUCCGGACGCCGCCCUGACCCCGGAAGGAAGCGAGGAAGGGCGGAAUGCCCUGUUCGACGAGUGGUUGGAAGGGGAAGAGGGAGAAGGCGCCUCGCUGGAAGAAGAGGCCCCAGCUUCGCCAGGCGAUUCCAGUAUCGCCACAAUGGAUAUCAUGCUCGCGUCAUCUCGGCGAGCUGGGGUCGCGGAGGAAAGGGAAGAGGAAGAGGCCUCUUCCUCGGGUGGCGAGACCAGUAUCGCCACUAUCGACUACUUCCGGUGGAUUCCAGAACAUAGAGAAGAUCCGGAUGCCGCCCUGACCCCGGAAGGAAGCGAGGAAGGGCCGAGUGCCCGCGUCAAUGAGUGGUUGGAAGAAGCUGCCGUACUGGGGGCAGCUGCGGAUGCGGCCGGGGCAGAAGACGUCGCGGCGGGAAUUGAGGCAGCCGAGGAGGCGGCGGCUGCAGGCGAAGGAGUCGUGGCGGGGGCGGCGGAAGUUGAGGCAGCCGAAGAGGCGGCGGCUGCAGGCGAAGACGUCAUGGCGGAGGCGGCGGAACAGCAGCCAGGAGACGAACCAGAAGAAGGCGCAGCACCUGAGGUCGCAAUCCCGCCCAUGCCGCGACGUAAACGGCACGCGGAGAUAGACCCACGCGAAUGUGCCGAGCGCUUAAAGCGCUUCAAGGAGUCGGAUCCAGCGGCAUAUGCGCGCCUCAGGGAAGAUUUCGAACUCUGA